UCUUUUCUGUUGUUUGUUGUCGCUUUAAACCACAGCGCGAACGCUCAUCUCCUAAACUGAGGAACUUGAUGGUGGUGUUGAUAUCAGUUCAAUUGGUUUACCGGAGGGGGAAGUCGUUGAAAAAAGAAGCACAUAGACUCUGAGGUUAGUGCCUGUUUGGACAUCAGUUAGGGCAAGUCAGGAACCGAUCCUGGAGAGGGUGCCAGUCUAGCUUGGAGCACUGCUGUACAUUCAGUCAUACCAGUAACCUAGUAUCACUAUGGAGGAGGUAAAACCAGCUGUCCAGGAGCCCCUUAAAAUGAAAUUUAAAUUCCGAGAGCCAAGUUAAGCAGGCAUGUGGAAUGAUGAUAAAGGGUCGGAUUCAACACUAUUGAGGGGGGCCUUGUUUUCAAGUGUUUCAUGGAGAAAAGAGGUAUAAACAUUAAGGAAGAGGAAUGUAAAUGGGAAUCGGUGUACUGCAAGCAGAACAGGGAGAUUAUUAAGAAGGAAGAAUAUGAAGAGGUGUCCGUAGACACUGAAGGAGAAUCUGAACCCUCAUCCGAUGAGACUCAUCACAAUAGAAGUGUAGUUGUAAAUCAUGUCAAGGAAGAAAAUGUUACAUUGGCCUUCAAACACAGAGGAGCACACUCGCUACAGAAUUGUUCUGUCUACAAGAAGUCUGAAUCUUUGCACAAGGAGGUGGAUAUGACCAAGAAAGCAUCCUGGCCAAGUCGUAAUGGAGAAGAUUUGCAAGAGAGUGGCAGCUCGUCAUCCUCUUUUCCACUGACCCUGCUUGACUGCAGACCAAGGCAGAAUGAAAAUGUAAGGACCUUGACAUCAGAGAUGUUGACUCCCACCAUUUUGCGGUUUACUUAUUUGCCUGCUGGUAAACUAACAAGGAUAGGCAAAAAGAACACCUCUGUGUACCAAGAGCAGAAGAAUAAGUUAAAACAGAAAUCCUGCUAUGAUAAAUGGAGUCGUCUAAGACAAAGGCGAUAUUGUUGUUCUGAAUGUGGCAAACAAUUUUUUAGAAAUAGCCAUCUUCAGAUUCACACAAGAAUUCACACUGGAGAAAAGCCCUUUUGCUGUUCUGUAUGUGGCAAACGAUUUUCUCAAUCGUGUAAUCUUCGUAUCCACCAACGAUUCCACACUGGAGAGAGGCCGUACUGCUGUUCUGAAUGUGGCAGACGAUACUUCAGUAGAAGUGAUCUUCAGAAACACUUGAGAGUUCAUACAGGAGAGAAGCCAUUUUGCUGUCCUGAAUGUGGCAAACAAUUUUCCCGCAGUUACCAUCUUCAGAUUCACACAAGAAUUCACACUGGAGAGAAGCCGUAUUGCUGUAGUGCCUGUGGCAAACGUUUCAACACUGUUACCGCUUUUAAGGUCCAUAACAGAGUUCAUUCUGGAGAAAAGCCAUACUACUGUACUGAGUGUGGCAAAGAAUUUGGUAACUGUGGCAAUCUUAAAAAACAUUCAAGAGUCCACACUGGAGAGAAGCCAUAUCGCUGCAGUGAGUGUGGCAAACAAUUCACCUCUAGUAGCAGUCUUCAAAGACACCGAAGAAUUCACACUGGAGAAAAACCAUUCAGCUGUUCUGUGUGUGGUAAACAGUUUGCUGCCUGUAGUGAUCUUCACAGACACACAAGAAUUCACAUGGAGAGAAUUCAAACUUGGAAGGAAGGAAUGGAGGAAGAAGUGUAACGACUUGAGUCAAAUGAAUACCUUCUCCUAGUGGCUUUGUUGUGUAAGAACCACACCAACAUUUUAUCAGGGCAAAAUUAUUCUGAAAGUAUGAUGAGGAUGCAAAAAAUUCACAAUGGCUGCACUGCUCCAAAAAAAUAUAAAGAAAGUGCCUACCUCUGCCUCAGCACUUAGGCCAUUAUGAUAACAUCAAUAGCUAAACUGACUAAAAUGAAGAAAACUCACAUAAUUAACAGCACAUUCAGAAAUAAACAUACUGAAGUAGAAUUACAAGCAUUUCAUAAGUUUCAAAGGCUUUUAUUGGCAGUUUUACUGUUUGGGGUUAGUGGAUGGUAUACUGUGAGUUUGUUUGCGUAUUUAUCAGUUGAUAUUGUCGGUUUGCAGUGUAGAGCGGCUUGUCUACAGAUCACUAAUUACAUAACGUGUACAAGUGGCUGGGGGAGCACUGUGGAGGCGACUGUGUGAGGGGGUGACAAAUACAUGCAUAUACUGGCUUAUCCCUGCAUUAUAUCAAAAUUCAAAACUAUUCAAUAUUGCACAUAUCAAUCAGUAGCAGACCAAGUACAUAAUAUCAUAGACUGUUGUUCUAGUACUUCAAUCCAAGCGUGGAAGCAUCAACUAAUUGAAAAGAAGUCAACAGAGUGGAACUGCACUCCACCAUAACCUACCACGUCGCUUGCGACACGCUUCUUGACACUCCGUUCCAAGAGGUUUGUUGCAUAUACUAAGAACAUGCAUUGUGUUUGCCAUUCCAAUAGAUGGCCUAUACAACCAAUAGUAUAACCUAAUAAUAAAGGAAAUUUUAAGUAAAAUAAAUAAUAAGAAACGAAAAGGCUAAUACAGGAAGUGCCAAUCCCAGACUUUUAACACUGAUGGUCAGACUGUGGGGCUCUCAAGCUUGGGUCCUUAGAACUUGGCACACCUUCUUUAUAGAUUUAAAUGGAAUUUGUUAGUUAUUUACAUGAUUAAUUCCUGUAUCCAUUUUGAUGUGCUAAUCACGUAGAUCACUUUUUAUUUUCUGUAUUCUGUAUUUGUAUUUCCCUUUAUUAAGUUUUACUGUCAGUUUGUUGCAUUAAUUAUUCAGGAUUUCCUACAGGACUUUCUCAACACCAUAGCUGAUGUUUGCAAGCCCUGGCAUCCUGUUCAGGGGUUGUUCCUGCCUUGUGCCUGAUGUGCUCCAGCUGCCCCAUGAAUCUGCCCUGGAUAAGUGAGGUACGAUGGUAAAUGGUGGAGGAUGCUGUCUCGCAUGGCUAAAGCCCUGAUUUCACCUUCCUGCAUGGCUACUGUCAGUAUGGAAGUUUCCAUAUCAUGGCAACCCAAGUUAGGCCGACUGUCCAGAAUGGCUCAUUGUGAGUGACUGUAGGUGUGUGUAUGCUGGCAAAGGGUCAGCUAGGCCUUCUUCACCAGGAUCGCAUAUUUUCUUUUGACCAAUACUUUCAGAAUAACUUUCAGCUCAGAUAAGCAUGGUUAAAAAUAUAAAGUACUGGCACACUCCCAUUUUUACCUUCAAAUGAGUAAACAUGAUCGAUUUUGAUAAUUGUUUCUUGAA